AUGACAGGAACAGUACCAAAGGCGCGGAAUUAUUGUCCUGUCGAGUCGACUGAACCCCAGACAGAUUAUAAUCCCAGCACGACUGAAACAACUAACCGAUCUGCAGACAAUCCUGGGCCUUGUCUAGAUAGCACCGUACGUAAAGCUGAUGGGAUGAGCGAUAGUGAUUUUGAUGAUCGGGAUGUUUCGGUAGAAGAUGAUGACAGUAUUCCUCCAGAGGAAGAUGCUGCUGACGAGGAAGAAGUAUCAAGUCUCAUGAAAGAAAGUCAAAUGUCAUUAGAUGAACUUUUAGCUACAUAUGGAAUUCCUGCAAACCCUUACGGGAAAGACGGCGACUCUGUUGCAGUUUCCUGUAGCAACAUUUCCAGAGGUAAAUCUGGGCGCUUAAAAAGCAUUCGACACACUGUUACUCCUUCAAGUUUAGCUUCAUUACGGGAGGAAUCGGUAUCAUUACCUCCAGCUAAGAAGUUUCGUCGUGCUGCUCACAUAUCUCUCUGCUUAAAUAUUGGAAAUAAUGAUAUUUCUACAGGAGGAACUAGACCAGUAUCAUCAGCUGAUUACCCAACCAUUCGUUCAUCGUCAGAUAUUGAUGCAUUGGUAGAUAAAAACAAAGUCGAUACACCUCCAUUACGUUGUCUCACUGUAUUUCCACAUCCACACUCAGUCCCUUGUUCGCAUAGCACUAGUCCGGUGUCUAUAGAUGUAUCAUCUUCCGAUCCUCCUUCAGCAACUGCAACUCCUAAUUAUUCAAAACAACAUACCUCAGAAGACUCAACUAUUAGUCGCAAAAGCUCAUCGCGUAGUCAUCUACUUAGGUCCCGCUCAAAAUCUAACCUAGCUAUCCAUACUUCUGAAUUAUUGGACAGUGCAACUCCAAAUGAAGAGAAUCAGUUGGAGGAAGACGAUGUUGAUACAAGUGUGCCUAACUUUGAGCUGGAUGUAGAGAAUCAUUUCCAGAAAAAUGAACAAACUACUGACGAUAAGUUUGAAGUCAACCAAGAUUAUUCUUCACGUUUCUGGAAGAGUGCAAUUACUGGUCAAGAAACUACACCUUCGUACAAUUCAGACGAAGACGAAGACUACUGUCCAAGUGAAGAUAGUGGUCGUGAUUGGAAAGGUGAGAUAAAAAUUGGUGAAGAUUAUCAGGCAAAUAUCCCUAUGCUUGCCCUAGCAUCAAAUGUAAUGGAGAAUCAAUGUGAUGAAAGUCGAUCAUCGUAUUAUGGUUCUGAACGGAUUUUUCAAGAAUCUAGUCUUGUAUGGAAACCUUCGGAAAAGCUCUGUGAAGCUGAUGUCACACGCUUUGAGAGAUCAUAUGCCCAAGUUGUUCUGUCAACACUGCCUACUGAACGAACAAUAGACGACGAAGAGGCUUUAUUCUUGUUAAUGCGUUGUGAUUAUGAUACGGAUGAAGCGCUGCAACGAUUACAAUUUAAAGCAGUAUCACCAAUGGCUGUUCCCGGUUAUCUAGAUUCAUGGUCGGAGUCUGAUUGUGCAGCAUUCGAGAAAAGUUUCGCUUUAUGUGGAAAAGAUUUUCGUCAAAUACGAGAGACACGACUUCGUCAUAAAACUGUGUCGGAACUGAUUCAUUUUUAUUACCUUUGGAAGAAGACAGCACGUCAUGAUGAGUUUGCACGAAUAUAUCGUAGGGAUAAAAAAAAGUCUUCACAUCCUAACAUUGCUGAUUUUAUGGAUUGUUUGGCUAUGGAACAAGAAAUUCUAGCGGAAUCCUAUAUGCAAAAUGCCAGUGAUAUAGUUUUGUCAACUGCAACAUCGAAUGCGGAUAUUCAGUCCUAUCCUCAUAAAUCCAUUCAGCAUACUUCAAUCAAUAAUAUCGGUUCCGUAAAAGCUGGUGGUUGUCAGUUAGGCUCAUCAAUCAGUUGUAACAAUGGUCAAAAUACUGGAGUAGUGUCAGCGAAUUGUAAUGAAACCUGUACUUCAAGAAGUCCUGUUAAUCGAUUUACAGCUUUGUCAGACGACAUGAUAAACAGUGAAGUCACUACCAGUAUAUGCUUAGAUGUUCCUGGAAAUCAAUGCAAAUCGAAAACAAGUGGUAACUCAUUGAAUUUACCAAUAAAUACAACUAAUAAUAAUAAUAAUAAUUACAAUGGAGCUUUUUGUAUAAAGCAAUCAGAGCAUAUGCCUAGUUCAUCAUCUACACGUACAGCAUUGUCAUCAACUGUAUCUGUUUAG